AUGGAAGAAGAGAUACUGAGUGGGAUUUCGAGCGGCGAAGCGAAACCGGAUUCAGAUGUUUCGGAUUCGAUCAGCACCACUCAUCAAGGUAACAAACGCAAAAGGUGUGGCAGUAAAGGCAAUUCGUCGCAAUUCAAAGGUGUUAUGCGACAGAGAAACGGACAAUGGGGUGCUCAAUUAUAUGCUAAUCAUACCCGAAUUUGGCUCGGGACUUUCAGGUCCGAAAUCGAUGCGGCAAUGGCCUACGAUAGCGCGUCGAUCAAGUUCCGCAACGGAGACACUCAUCGAAACUUUCCGUGGACCGAAAUUACGAUCGAGGAGCCGAAGUUUCUGAGCCAUUACAGUGCUGAAGCUGUCCUUAGCAUGAUAAGGGACGGUUCUUACCAAUACAAGUUCAUGGAAUAUAUCAAGGCUCGCUCUAGAGUUAAUGCCAAACCAGAGGUUGAUAUCAACUCAAUGGGGGUUCACAUCAAAGAAGGUCUAAUUUACAAACAAAUGUUCGGAAAAGAGCUGACACCGAGCGAUGUCGGUAAGCUUAACAGGCUCGUCGUCCCGAAAAAACACGCUGUCAAGUACUUUCCCCCGGUUUUGGGAGACGAAAAAGAGAACAACGACGGCGUCAUCGGCGACGGUAAAUCAAAUGAUGUCGAAUUGGUCUUCUAUGACAAAUUUAUGAGGCUAUGGAAGUUUCGUUAUUGCUAUUGGGCUAGCAGCCAAAGCUUCGUGUUCACCAGGGGUUGGAGCCGGUUUCUCAAGGAGAAGGAGUUGAAGGCCAACGAUGUGAUUUCGUUCUACCUAUGCGAGAGCCGAAAGGAGAACGAAGUCCGGAGAUUCUGUAUGAUCGAUGUGAACAAAUCGAGGAAACCCGACGCCACAUUCGUCGAGGCGAACAAUGUUUGUACCGUAAGAGAUGUCGAUUUGCGGCUCCGGUUGGGGCAGUCGGAUGGUGAGACACAAGAGCAAGGAUCAAAGGAAGCAACGAGGGUGAAACAAGAAGUUAAGAGUGAGGGAUUCAAACUCUUUGGCUUCCAUAUUAACUGAAGCUCAAUCCAUGCACUUUUUAAUAGGA